UUUUUUUAUUAAAAUGGAAGGAGACGAUCUAGAAUAUAUGUCUGCACAGAUGAAAGAGCUGGAUAAGCAGAUCUUCAAACUUAAAGACAGUAAUAAUUACCUCAUUAUUGAGGGAGAAGAGUCAGGCCUUACCAAGGAUGAAAUUGAAGAGAUCUGCAAGGAAAAUGAAGGGGCUAUAGAGACAAAGUUAGAGGAAAUCAAGUAAAUAUGCUAAAAGAUUCAAGCCUGAUGACGAAAGACUUCCCUUAAUAAUCCCAUAUGCUUUUAACAUGCUUCCCGAGACUAUGAGGGCAGGAAGAGUCAUUGACCCUAAUAAGGUAAUAGAAGAGAUUGAAAGAAGAGAACAAAUAGCAAGAGAUUUGGCAGCUCAGCUACAAAGGCGAGCACAGAUUGCAGAGUAUGAACUCCAGCAACAACAAAAUGAUGAAGAAGAGAAAUCAGGUCAUGAGGAAUCAAAUUUGCCACCUUUGAGUGAAUAA